AAGUGAAGCCAUAUAUACUUUAUGUAUAUGGAUCCACUGUGUGAGGGAGUGAUCAAAGAAGAGGUGAUGAUGAUGGGAUGUUUGGAGAGGUCAAAUGAGAGUGGUGGUGAUAAAGUUCCACAGCCAAUGGAAGUGUUUUAUGAGGGUGGCGGCCUUCCACCGUUCCUUACCAAGACUUAUGAGCUGGUUGAGGAUCCGACGACUGACGAUGUCAUUUCUUGGAGUGGAAGUAACAAUAGCUUCAUUGUUUGGGAUCCAAAUUACUUCUCCUCCCUUCUCCUCCCUCGCUACUUCAAGCACAACAACUUCUCAAGCUUUGUCAGGCAGCUCAACACUUAUGGAUUUAGAAAGGUGAAUCCUGAGAAAUGGGAAUUUGCUAAUGAAGGGUUCUUGAGAGGUCAAAGGCACCUCUUGAGAACCAUUAGAAGAAGAAAGACAUCUCCAAACAUUCAUCAAUCGGCUUCUUCUCGUCAAGCAGAAACGGGCAUGGGCUCGUCUUGUGUUGAAGUUGGGAGGUUUGGUAUGGUGGGCGAAAUCGACCGUUUGAAGCGCGACAAGCAAGUGCUAAUGGUGGAACUGGUGAAGCUGAGACAGCACCAGCAAAACACCAAAGCUGAUCUCAAAGCCAUGGAGGAUAAGAUAAAGGGGGCAGAAGUGAAGCAGCAGCAAAUGAUGAGUUUCUUGGCAGAAGCUGUGAGAAAUCCAGAGUUUGUGGAGAAGAUAAUGCAACAAAGGGAUAUGAGGAAAGAACUUGAAGAUGCCAUAAAGUUUGGCACAAUGUCCAUGGAAGAAGACGGUACAAGUAAAAGCUAUAGUAUGAUGAUGAUAGAUUUGGCUGAUGGUUUUGGUGGUGCUAGGAGUGAUGAAGGGUUUUGGGAAGACUUGUUCAAUAACAAUGAUUAUAAGUAGGAUACUUGUACACUAUCCCAAUAAUUGGAGGGGUACCCAUCAAAAUUUAGUUACUCUAUUUGUUAUGGAGUAAGAGUGCUCAUAGAGUGUCCGAUAGUACCCCUACCCUACCCAAUAACAUCGAUGUUCUGAA